AUGUUCAAUUUCAAGACCCCGUAUUUCGGUCUUCGAGGGGGGUGGUUAACCUUUUGGAUCACUCUAGCCUGUGGUGCUGACAUGACCCUGUAUGGCUAUGAUCAGAGUGUUUUCAGCGGAGUCGUGAUAUCCCAUGAUUUUCUGCAACUACACAAUCUUGAAGGUCCUUCUAAGACCAGUCUUCUUGGCACUGUCACCGCGAUUUACGAUGUUGGCUGCUUUCUCGGAUCUAUCUGUGCAUACUGGCUUGGUGAGCGGUUAGGGCGCCGAAAGACGGUUCUCGUUGGGACUACUGUGAUGGCAAUUGGUGCCCUUUUGCAAGCUUCCUCAUACAGUGUGGGCCAAAUGAUGGCAGGUCGAGUCAUUGCGGGAAUUGGGAACGGUCUGAACACAUCCACUGCACCCAUUUGGCAGGUCGAGACAUCAAAUGUGCAUUGGCGGGGUAAAUUGGUUAUCCUCGAGAAUGUACUCGUCCUUGUUGGGUGGCUUAUCGCCCACGGCCAAGAAGAAGCAGCUGUACAGAUCAUCGCAGAUCUUGAGAACAAAAGCACCAACGAUCCCUUCGUUCAAUUCCAGACCAAUGAGAUUCGAUACAGUGUGGAAUAUGAGCGAGCAAACAGCGUCAGCUUCAGUGACAUACUGCGCGGACGCGCCCAUGAACGAUCAGGCACCAAGACUAUACGCAGACUUAUCCUCGGCAUGGGAGCUCAAGCGAUACAACAGUUCUCAGGAAUCAAUGUGACCUCCUACUACCUACCUACGGUACUGACUAAAUCACUUCAGUAUUUAUGCUUUUCUAUGAUUGGUAUACCGAAUGUUGAACGUUGGGGCCGUCGAGCCCUGUUGAUGUUUGGUGCCACGGGCCAGUGUCUCUGCUAUACCUUCAUCACAGCUCUCAUCCGGUACAAUGAGAUGCCCGGCUACCCACAUCAACAUGAAGUGGCGUCUGCCUCGGUUGCUUUCUUUUUCAUGUAUUAUGUAUUCUUUGGAAUUGGCAUGCAAGGCGUGCCAUGGUUGUACCCCACAGAGAUCAACUCCCUCACGAUGCGAACCAAGGGCGCCGCUCUCGGAGCAGCUACCAACUGGAUUUUCAAUUUCAUGGUUGUCGAGAUCACUCCAAUUGGUAUACAGAACCUUGGAUGGCGAUUCUAUACGAUUUGGAUCGCGUUGAACGCAGCGAUGGUCCCUGUUAUUUACGUCUUUUAUCCGGAGACAGCAGGACGUACGUUGGAGGACAUGGAUGACUACUAUCGUGGGAAUCCACCACUUUUCGUCUGCUUCGAUAGGGAAGCAAUUUCCCGCAAACGCCCUGAGAGAUACCAGGUUCGAGAUGAGCAUGUUAUUCGGGCUAAGGAAGGUGAUAUGAUGGAAUCAGCGCAGCAUGUGGAAAAUGCGACCGCGGUGAUGGCUUAA